UUGAAAGUACCAUCAGUUUUACCAAUGAGUUCGAAAAGGAGAAGGGCCAUCUCUCCCUCCAGUAGUGUGAGCGGAGGUGACUUUGACGAUGCCUCCUCCUCCACUCCUGGAAGCGGGCGAAAGAGGAGAAGACCCUCUAAUCUCCCUGCAGUAGACCCUGUGAGUUGAAUUUCUUACUCUUCUAGCUCUGAUGCAGUGGCGAUUUUAGCGUGUAAAUCUUGGUGGGGCAAACUUUCCUCCCAAUAUGUUUUAAUGCAUGCCAGCAAAGCCACUACAGAACACAACAUUAAACAAUAUAUUCAUUGCACUAUAACGGGGACAAAUGGUGCCCACAAACUGUAAUGGCCUACAUAAAGCUGUCCCAACAGCAGAGCUUUCUUUUCACCACCGCUACACCUGGCUAUCAGCGGAGCUAUGUCUGGCAGUGUAACAGUUAAUUCAGCCUCAUUUACUGUCUUUUUAAAAAACAUAGCUGAUAUGGCUGACUUGCUUAAACAAAUGUGGUUUCUACUGACAACUGAUAUGUAUAAAUUAUGACAAUGGAACGACGAGCGGAUAAGAGGCAAUGCGUAAUUUCGAUUAAGACAUUAAUGAGUGAGCUAGGAUGGAUGUAGUCAAUAUAACUAUUUGUUCAGCACUUUUCAAAUGUACAGCGACAGAAUUCAGAACAUGGGCCAUUCUUACAGUAUUCUCCCUGUACACCAAGUCAGAACCGUAGGAUAAAUAAAGGGGGCAUAUAAGCAGACAAUGAAAGCUCUUACAAUAUUCAAUGAUUACAUUUCUCUAAAACAGGCUAUAGGCUACAUGUGCACUACUAAGUUGGAACAGUAUGCUAAGUUAAGAGGGGGAAGGGACCAAAUUAUUAGGGUGAGGCACAUGGGCUACUAACAGCUUACUACACAACAUACACUUAGUAUUACUUUCAUAGCUACAGUAUACAUAUCUCCCUGGCAUAUUACAUCAUUAUGCAGCAGCAUACAAUACAUGACGAUGAUUCAUGACGUCAGUGAUCUUCAGGUCGGAGCUCUAGAAAGAGGCACGAGUUCCCGACUUGGAAUUCCGAGUUGGAUGACCGUUCAAAACUUAUUUUCUUAGUUGGAGCUCGUUUUUUUUCAGAGUUCCCAGUUAUCUUGAACUCACUGAAGUCUGAGAUUGCCCAGUUCCGAGUUUCCAGUUGUUUUGAACGUGGUAGAAAUCAUGCUGGAUUGAGAGCUUGGCCAAUGUAUUCAACUUUUUCUGGCCCAUGGUGUUGCAUGUGAAUGUUUAUCCUUUUAAGCUUGGAAAAGAGACCGGUAAACCUAUAAUAAUAUGCCAUUUAGCAGACGCUUUUAUCCAAAGCGACUUACAGUCAUGUGUGCAUACAUUUUUACGUAUGGGUGGUCCCGGGGAUCGAACCCACUACCCUGGCGUUACAAGCGCCAUGCUCUACCAAUUGAGCUACAGAGGACCACAAAUCUAGACUUGGACCGCACACCCACUCCACUGAAUAGCAGGCUAGUGAUUGCUUUGCAACGCUUGCAGUUAGCCACUGAUUCCUUCCAAACCACUCAUUGCUGAAUUUGCGAUUUCCAACUUGUUGUGUAAUGUUUAUGUUCAAUGGCAGAUGAGCACCGAUACGUUUUAUCUAUAAUUUCUCUUCAUAUGCCAGUAGAUUGUAGACUUGAUUCAUGAUGAUGACUGCUUGUCGAGCUUGCUUGCUAAAAUUUUGAAAGUAUGAUGUUGACAUGAUCAGUCCAAUCAAAGCUACAGUAGAUAUAAUGUGAUUUGAUGUCAUUUUAUCUGUGGCCAGUGACCUUGAGCCUUCUUGGAUGCGCACUUCUAAUGUAAAUCUAUGGCAGCACCCAAGGUGCUUGAAUUUUCGAGCUCUCCACGUACAUUUUGCGGUAACGUAGUGUCCCCAUGAGUGACAGAACACUGAGCUAAUCAGGGCGCAACUAGAGAACAUUACCAACCCCUACACUCCGUAUUUUCCGCUGGCUGCCCCACCACUACAGAAAGCACUGAGCUAGGCUGAAACACCUGCAUUUUGGAGCUGCCCUACUCAAGAAAGCAAAAAAAAAGACCAUGUUUGUAUGCGACUUUAUUAACUCUAUUAUUAUUAUUAUUAUUUUUUUACACUGUUUGCAAACUGAUAUGUGACACGUAUUAAUGCCAAAAUAACAGGCAAAAUUGUUAUACAUAUAUAUAUAUAGCUAAACAGGUGGGGCUGCACCUGCCCUGAAUGACGGGUCACCACUGCUCUGAUGUAUGGAUAGUGAGAUCAGACCAAACUAGCCAACUAAGGGUGCGUUCGUAAAUUCACUUUGGCUAUCUACUCCGAUUUCAGAGACCCCCCUUUUUCAGUGCGCCAGAGCGCAGAAUAACUGAUAAAUGUACGAACGUGCAACACCCGUUGAAUUUGACAGGCAUCAGUAAACGUCAGCAAAAAACUGAAUGAAAUUGUUGCUAGCAGCACAGGUAACAUGUAAACAGUCACCAGCACUCCGACACUCCAGAGUGAAUUUACGAACGCACCCUACCUAUCCCCCUGAUAAUGCUUGUGGUAAUCUUUAUCAACAUCCUUGUUUUACUCUUGGUCAGGUUUGCCAUGUUUUAUUUGUGUGAUGCAGUGAAUCCAAGUAUCCCAAACUUGGAAUUGUCUACUGUAACCUGCUUUGACACACAUUGUUGGAUUAUGUUUUGUGUUCAACAGAUUGCUGUGUGCCAUGAGUUGUACAACACUGUCAGGGACCACAAGGACAACCAGGGAAGGCUGCUUUGUGAGCUGUUCAUCAGGGUACCAAAGAGAAGGUAAGCUAGCAUGUAUAACAAGAGAUUGGUCAUGUUCAUUAGCGAUGACCAUAGCAAAACAUUUGCAGCAGAAAACCUAACUAGCAUUUCUCAUUGGACAAGUCCAUGUAGUCCCUCCCUGUUUCAACCCAUUUUCUAAUAUUUGGUGCCAAAUGACCAUAGACUAAAUGUAGAGGAAAAGGCCCCAGGUGACUUAUCACCGCCUCUUCCUCCCUCAGGAAACAGCCAGACUACUAUGAGGUGGUGUCCAAGCCCAUAGACAUGACCAAGAUCCAGCAGAAGCUCAAGUCAGAGGACUACCAAGAUGUGGAGCAGCUCACUGCUGAUUUCCAGCUCAUGUUCAACAACGCCAAGACCUACUAUAAGGUGUUGAUUGAAUACUCUAAGUCUAAGAUGAAAAUCGAUUGCAAACCUGAUUGUGCUGUACUUUGUGCUAUUACACUUUGUGAAAACACACAUUGUUAGUAUUUGACUAGUAGGAAACACAUCCUUUAGACACAGCAGGUUAGUAAUGCUUUUAUCUCAGGGUUUCCGUUAGGAUAAUGUGGUGCCGGACAACGUGACCGGGAAGAUUUACAUUUACUGGCCAUCUUGAGAAAUAUACCGGACCCCUAUGCAUUGGGUUCGUAACCCAUUAGGGCGUCCACCCACGGUGCUCAGAAUGACAGAAAUAACAUUUACAUUAUGGAAAUUCAUCUUAACAGAACAUGCAACUCCUGUAAUGAAGCAACCAAUGAAAUAUCAUUUUCAAACAUUUGCCAAAAUGCAAUUCGCGGGAAAACACCAUUCUUAACAGUGCACCUGAUGCCAGCAGUAUAUGACAGAGAUGAAAAUCUCCUUAGAAACUUAGAAAGAGGGUGAAUCUAAAGAUGAAACAACUAGGAUGGGUUGCUAAUAUGACUAGGAUCAUGCAUUUGGCUUCUGGACAACAAAAUAAAGUUGAUAUGAAAACAAAUAGAACAGGAGAGAAAUGGCAUAUGAGGAAGUCUUUCAUAGGCAGCGUGUGUCUUGAGUAUAAUUUAAAAUGUUGCGACAAGAAGAAGGGGUGGAGUGGCGAAGAUGGCCUAUAGGUGCGUCUCUCUCCAGAAUGCACUCAGCUGUCUCCCGCCAAUUAUUUUGCUGUUUCAUUGUGUGAAUUGUUAGCCCUUUGCUUAUUUUGAUAAAUUCCCCAUUACAUAUGUAACCAGUAGUAAAUGUACCGUUAAUGCCCAUCAUUUGGUUACAUUAAUUUCUGUUAAAUUCAUUGUUUUACUAAUUAGGCCUACAGUAAUUUACCAUUCUUGGAGUGGAAACAUUGUUUGCAGAGUUCACAACCUGCUACACAUGUGAGAAACAAGUUUUGGGUUAUUUCAUAAGCAUAAUUUACAAGUUUAGCCAAUUUUUUCAUUGUCUUUUGUUUGGAGUGCUCCAUGUGAGCAAUGAGCAUGGGUCUGGUUUCUCUGUCUUGUUAAUGUUGAGGGAGCGGGCGCGCCUGAGCACGCAUAGAAGUAGCCUACCUGGCCUGCUGCGUGCAAAUGUAGGAAAGUGCCCAUUUGGGGAUGUUUUCUGCUUGUCUUAACGCACCACAUCCACCACUAAUAAACUGAGCUUCUCAGUCAUUUUUUUUCUUCACCUCACACAGUAAGUCAAUGAAGUUAUUUUUUUUUUUUACAUCCAUUACAAAUGAUAGCCUAAUAGUUCCUCACAGUAGGCCUAUUUGAAAAAUAUUUCCAACAAUUUCCCCCUCGAUAAUCACCAAGCCUCAGUGUGAAAGGGCAAUAUAUCAUGAUCUGAUGAUCCCAUAUAUCCAGUGGAAAAGUCAUAAAAUACCUUUCCCUUUUGCAAAAACAGCUGUCUGAGGGCCGCAAAAACGGCUGUGUGAGAGCCGUAAUAGGCUAGUUGAUACAAUGUUGUAAGUUCGCUAGAGACAGCUUCAGGCUGGAUCCAGUUGAUUGAUUUGAUACAAUGUUGCACUUCACUAGCAAUAAUAGCUUGAGUCAAGACCGAUAGGAAAGGGAGGCAGACAGGCUGAGUAGAGUGAUGAAUGGGAUUGAAAGUACCUGAGUUUUCAUCAGUAUAUUUUCUUCUGUUUUUAUUUGUCUGCUUUAUGUAUCUUUACUUAGUUGACAAUAAGUUCUAGGCCACCGGCUGCAUUGGCCAUCUCUGACUUCCAUGCACUCAUUUAGGCUAUUUAGCCGCCAAUGAUCACGGUGUAUAAAUGUGUCCAUAUGGCAGAUGCUGGUGCUCUCGCAUUAGUUGAAUUUUUAUCAUUUGAAUUACGAUUUUUAUGAUUAACCACGUGACAAUGAUUUUGAGAAACAAAAACAUUAUUAUUGAAAUGAAACUGUUCCACGAAAAUGCGCAUAUGAAAAUCAUAACUGGCACACAGAUCAGUAGAAGUGGUAGGAUAAAUUGUAUGCUUCCCCAAACUUGAAACAAGUCUUGAUAAAAUAAGUGCCUCCACAUUUCUAUGGUCGGAUUUUCAAGCAAGGUAAGACAUGCCUCAUAAUAUGAAGUAAAACAUUUAGGUUUCAAACAAUUAAGUAUGUUUUCAAAAUGCAUACUGCCUCCAGCUAAAGUGGUGGGUGAUGUGCUGAUAGCCUGCCUACCAUUGUUUUUUCUCCUGGUCAGUUUUGCCGGCAACAAUUUGUAUUUAUCGUCUUUUUGUUUUUUUUACCGGCCAAAAGCCGGCAAUUACCGGCUAACGGAAACCCUGUUUUAUCUCUGACUUGUCAGGCUGAUGGUGAGGAGUACCAAGAGGCCUGCAGGCUGUGGGAACUCUAUGUCCACACCAGGAAUGAGUUUGUGCAGCCAGGGGAUGGUGAUGAAGAUGAUGACGAUGGUGAAGACAUGCUGGAUAAUCCUGCUCUCUCCACUGAAGACGAGGUAAAGAUAAAAGAUCAUCAGACAUAUCCAUUUACCUCUAUAUAUCAUGAGAUCUUCCAGUUCCUUCCUGCUGUGUAUGUCUAUCUAUCAUGGACAAACUACAUCAUGUCAAGUCAACCACAUAUGCCUUUUAUUCUCACCUUUUCUGUGUCUACAACAAGUUUACUCAUUGUUGACAAGCUCCGUAGACUUGCAACUCAGGUUCCAUAAGUACUGGAUGUGCGUGGGAUCAUAGCUUGUGGUUGUUCCUGUAUGUGCUGAUCUGCAGACCCCACUGAGUUGCCUGAAGGAGGUUUUGGAGCAGCUGUUAGAUGCUGUAGUGUCAUACACGGACCCCUCAGGAAGGGUCAUCAGUGAGCUCUUCCAGAAGCUGCCUUCCAAAGUGCACUACCCAGACUACUAUGCCGUUAUCAAGGAGCCCCUUGAUCUUAGAGCCAUCACUGAGAGAAUACAGGUAUCCUAUUCACCUGAGGCAUUGAGAUUUGUGUAGUAUUGAUUGACAUCGAAUUGAUUAAGCGUGUUAAUACAUAAACACAUGAAUAUAGACCUACUGGACAUAAUUUGUUAUUUUGUGUAGUCAUAAGAUAUCAUAUGAGUCUUGUGUAGCUCAGUUCGAGGAGCAUGGCACUUUUAGCGCCAGGGUUGUGGGUUCGAUUCCCACGGGGGACCAGUACGAAAAUGUAUACUCUGGAUAAGAGCGUCUGCUAAAUGACUCAAAUGUUAACUCUGCAACCUACGCAUGAUCUUUUGUGAAUAUUUGUCAGAUUGGAUACUACAAAAGUGUCACCGGCAUGGCUAAGGAUGUUGACCUUCUGGUGAAAAAUGCAAAAACAUACAAUGAACCAGGAUCUCAGGUUUUUAAGGUAUAUUUAUCCUCCUAUACGACAGAUGAUAUAUUGUUAUCUUAUGUUCUUGUGAGUAGUUGCGCGGAAAGCCUAGUUUCAGUAGAGCUAUGUUGUACUCAAGAUUUUACUGCAUGUCUACAACUUGUAGAUGUUAUAGAAAGCACACUAAUCUCAAUUCUUCCUUAUUUGAUGUCAAGGAUGCUAACAUCAUCAAGAAGGUCUUCAUCCAGAGAAAGACUGAGAUAGACCAUGCUGAGCCCACUAAGACCAGUGUCCGCAUCAGGAACCGGAGGUCAGCCCAGGGAGACCGUCUCUCUGCCAUCACCCUGGCUCUGCAGUAUGGCUCAGAGAAUGACGAGGAUGCCCUGCUCUCUGGUGAGUUUGCGUCAACACAACAAACGCACACACACACACUAACAAGAUUUGCAUUGUUUAGUCUUUGAGACCAAACCCUCUUCAUAGCUUUAUGUUGUUUCGGUAUGGUUAAGUAUGUGUGAUUUGUAAAUGUGUGCACUUCUCUGUGUAUCAUGUGUUCCAGGCUCUGUGCAUUAUGAGGAGGGUGAGUCUGAGGCGGAGUGCCUGAGCUCCAGUAUGGACAUGGGUAACCCAGUGUUCCAGCUGUACGAGGCUGUGAGGGGGGGCAGGAACAGCCAGGGACCGCUCCUCUCUGAACCCUUCCUCCAGCUGCCCUCCAGGAAAGAAUACCCUGACUACUACCAGCAGAUCAAACAGCCCAUCGCCCUGCAGCAGAUCAGGUAGGAAUAGGCUACUACAGUACAUCGUCCUAUAGGCACUGUACAUGGAGAGUUGGUGUCCGUGUAGCUAACGUCAGUGAAUGAUGAAAAAGAGAAUGUCCACUCAGUGUUGCUGCUCCCAAAUGCAAUUUUAUUUUAUUGUUUAUUUUUUUGCGAGGAGCAAAACUAUGGAUCUUGUUUUUGUCCAGCUCCUGUUGCUAUUUCCGAUGUACGUAAAAACCCAUCGAUUCAGUGAAUGAGGAACUUGUUUGUCCCUGUCUCAGGGAGAAGAUGAAGAACGGGGAGUACGAAAACGUUGAGCAGAUGGACUCUGACCUUACUCUGAUGUUUGAGAAUGCCAAGCGUUACAACGUGCCUACCUCAGGCAUCUCCAAACGGGCCCUCCGGCUGCAGCAGAUCCUGCUGGUCAGUAGGGGGACUUGGAUCUUGUUUGCCCUUUAUGCUGUUGAUGGUUUAGGAUGGGGCUCUCCAACACUUUUCCUGGGGACCUACCCUCUUGUAGAGUUUCACUCCAAUCCCAGUUGUAACUAACAUGACAUAGCUUAUCAACCAGCUAAUUAUUAGAAUCAGGUGCGCUAGAUUAGGGUUGGAGCAAAAACCUACAGGACGGUAGCACUCCAGGAACAAUGUUGGAGAGCCCUGGUAGGAUUUCUUUCUGGUGGUGGGUUGGAACUGCAACUGUAGGAAUACAAGACAUAAAAAUGCUAAUUCUGUUAGGGUUUCUGUAUAACAGAGCUGGCUGCUGAGGGGAGGACGGCUCAUAAUAAUGUCCGGAACGGCACAAAUGGAUUGGCAUCAAACACAUGGUAACCAUGUUUUUAAUACCAUUCCGCUCCAGCCAUUACAUCGAGCCCGUCCUCCCCAAUUAAGGUUCCACCAACCUCCUGUGCUGUAUACAAAAUAUAAAGACUGAAUGGUGAGUAGUACAGUAUUGUUCUUGUUAAAUGCAGUAUGUAAUGUAUGUUUUGCAGCUGAAGAAGAGGGAGCUGUUGAGGAGAGGUGACGAAGAGGAUCAGGACAGCAUUCUGUCCUCUGACACAGGAACUGGCAGUGCCACCAAGAGGAAAAUGUAGGACCACCUCUCUCUCGUUCUCUUUCCUUACCACAUCUACAUAGAUGCCAUUGUUGUCAUCUCACACCAAGUCAACCACCUAUCGCUUUCGUUCUCACUUUCUUUGUCGUUCUACAACAGCUGCCCUCAUGCUUAUAAGUCACAGGAGGUUGGUGGCACCUUCAUUGGGGAGGACGGGCUCAUAGUAAUAGCUGGAACAGAAUAAAUGGAAUGGUAUCGAAAUCAUCUAACACAUGGUUUCUAUGUGUUUGAUACCAUUCUAUUGACUCCAUUCCAGCCAUUAUUAUGAGCUGUCCUUCCCUCAGCAGCCUCCUGUGUUAUAAGUUUACCCUUUGUCAAGUUAAGUAGACCUGCAACACUUGCAACUCAAAUGGCCUACAGGCGGCCAUGUUUUUUAAAUCAAAUCUAUAAUGCAUUAAUUUGCUAUCCUGGCAUAACUUGUGUUAGCCAAUAUUGCAUUUAUACAUAUUUUCUCUCUCUAUAUAUAUAUAUAUAUAUAUAUAUAUAUAUAUAUAUAAAAGGCACUUUACUGACCCAGGCCUCUCUUGCCCUGCAGCCAUAAGAAGAAUGUGAAGAACCGUAUGAAGGCACUGUAUGCUGCAGUGACUGAAGCCAGAGAGGCAGGGACCAACCGGAGGCUCUGUGAUCUGUUCAUGGUCAAGCCCUCCAAGAAGAACUACCCAGACUACUACAAGGUAGAUAUGAGGUCAACACAAGGCUUUCACAAUCCACUAAUUGGUGGUUGCUAGGGCCAAUUAAUCAACGUUUUUCUUUAAACAUACAAAUCUUACUUUCCCUGCCAGAAUGUAGUCCGGUGUACUAGACAUAUCCUAUUGCAGUGGAGAAAAGCCACACAUUUUAUAUCCAAGCAGAAUCUUGUUUAUUUUAAACACAUAUCUCGGUCCAGCAAUGGAAAAUAUCUUAGAAUUGUUAUUUUUAUUCCCUAAUGUUCAAAUCAAAUCAAAUCAAAUUGUAUUGGUCACAUGCGCCGAAUACAACAGGUGCAGACAUCACAGUGAAAUGCUUACUUACAGCCCUUAACCAACAGUGCAUUUAUUUAAAAAAAUAAAACAACAACAAAAAAACUGUUGAGAAAAAAAAGAGCAGAAGUAAAAUAAAAUAACAGUAGGGAGGCUAUAUAUAUAGGGGGGUACCAUUGCAGAGUCAAUGUGCGGGGGCACCGGCUAGUUGAGGUAAUAUGUACAUGUGGGUAGAGUUAAAGUGACCAUGCAUAAAUAAUUAACAGAGUAGCAGCAGCGUAAAAAGGAUGGGGUGGGGGGGCAGUGCAAAUAGUCCGGGUAGCCAUGAUUAGCUGUUCAGGAGUCUUAUGGCUUGGGGGUAGAAGCUGUUGAGAAGUCUUUUGGACCUAGACUUGGCACUCCGGUACCGCUUGCCGUGCGGUAGCAGAGAGAACAGUCUAUGACUAGGGUGGCUGGAGUCUUUGACAAUUUGAGGGCCUUCCUCUGACACCGCCUGGUAUAGAGGUCCUGGAUGGCAGGAAGCUUGGCCCCAGUGAUGUACUGGGCCGUACGCACUACCCUCUGUAGUGCCUUGCGGUCGGAGGCCAAGCAGUUGCCAUACCAGGCGGUGAUGCAACCAGUCAGGAUGCUCUCGAUGGUGCAGCUGUAUAAUUUUUUGAGGAUCUGAGGACCCAUGCCAAAUCUUUUCAGUCUCCUGAGGGGGAAUAGGCUUUGUCGUGCCCUCUUCACGACUGUCUUGGUGUGUUUGGACCAUGAUAGUUCGUUGGUGAUGUGGACACCAAGGAACUUGAAGCUCUCAACCUGUUCCACUACAGCCCUGUCGAUGAGAAUGGGGGCGUGCUCAGUCCUCUUUUUUUUCCUGUAGUCCACAAUCAUCUCCUUUGUCUUGGUCACGUUGAGGGAGAGGUUGUUGUCCUGGCACCACACGGCCAGGUCUCUGACCUCCUCCCUAUAGGCUGUCUCAUCGUUGUCGGUGAUCAGGCCUACCACUGUUGUGUCGUCGGCAAACUUAAUGAUGGUGUUGGAGUCGUGCCUGGCCAUGCAGUCAUGGGUGAACAGUGAGUACAGGAGGGGACUGAGCACGCACCCCUGAGGGGCCCCCGUGUUGAGGAUCAGUGUGGCAGAUGUGUUGUUACCUACCCUUACCACCUGGGGGCGGCCCGUCAGGAAGUCCAGGAUCCAGUUGCAGAGGGAGGUGUUUAGUCCCAGGAUCCUUAGCUUAGUGAUGAGCUUAGAGGGCACUAUGGUGUUGAAUGCUGAGCUGUAGUCAAUGGAUAGCAUUCUCACGUAGGUGUUCCUCUUGUCCAGGUGGGAAAGGGCAGUGUGGAGUGCAAUAGAGAUUGCAUCAUCUGUGGAUCUGUUGGGGCGGUAUGCAAAUUAGAGUGGGUCUAGGGUUUCUGGGAUAAUGCUGUUGAUGUGAGCCAUGACCAGCCUUUCAAAGCACUUCAUGGCUACAGACGUCAGUGCUACGGAUCGGUAGUCAUUUAGGCAGGUUAUCUUAGAGUCCUUGGGCACGGGGACUAUGGUGGUCUGCUUGAAACAUGUUGGUAUUACAGACUCAGUCAGGGACAUGUUGAAAAUGUCAGUGAAGACACUUGCCAGUUGGUCAGCACAUGCUCGGAGUACACGUCCUGGUAAUCCGUCUGGCCCUGCGGCCUUGUGAAUGUUGACCUGCUUAAAAGUCUUACUCACAUCGGCUACGGAGAGCGUGAUCACGUAGUCAUCCGGAACAGCUGGUGCUCUCAUGCAUGCUUCAGUGUUGCUUGCCUCGAAGCGAGCAUAGAAGUGGUUUAGCUCGUCUGGUAGGCUUGUGUCACUGGGCAGCUCACGGCUGUGCUUCCCUUUGUAGUCUGUAAUAGUUUUCAAGCCCUGCCACAUCCGACGAGCGUCAGAGCCAGUGUAGUACGAUUCAAUCUUAGUCCUGCAUUGACUCUUUGCCUGUUUGAUGGUUCGUCGGAGGGCAUAGCGGGAUUUCUUAUAAUGUUGGAAUCGAUAUGGAUGCCGUGGAUUGACUCAUCUAUUAACCUAACUCCUCCCUACUACCAGGUGAUCCUGGAGCCCAUGGACCUUAAGACCAUCGAGCACAACGUCCGCUCAAAGCGCUACGCCACCGAAGAGGCCCUGAUGGACGACAUGAGGCUGAUGUUCCGCAAUGCACGUCACUACAACGAGGAGGGAUCUCAGGUGGGACCACAGCCAAUCACUCACAGGGCCAUGUCGCUGUGAACAGUGUGAAGCGAACCCGUGCAGAUACUGUGUGAGAGCGAUGUGUUGGAUCUCGCUCAUCUCAAUAUCCUAUAUCCAUUGAUGAUAGGCCCUGCUGCUUUACUGAAAUUGCGAGAUAUUGCAUUGCAAGAUACAGCUUUUGAUUGCCGAGUGGUGCAGCAGUCUAAGGCACUGCAUCUCAGUGCUUGAGGCGUCACUACAGACUCCCUGGUUCGAUUCCAGGCUGUAUCACAACCGGCCGUGAUUGGGAGUCCCAUAGGGCGGCGCACAAUUGGCCCAGCGUCGUCCGGGUUUGGCCGGUGUAGGCUGUCAUUGUAAAUAAAAAUGUGUUCUUAACUGACUUGCCCAGUUAAAUAAAAAAUAAAAAUAAAGAUAGGCCUAGUGGUUUUGACUGUCUGCCUGGUGGCCGACCUGCCUAUACAGUGCCCCUUCCCUCUCUCUCUGUCCCUCGCUAGCUUGCUAUGAGAGUGUUUGUGUUAUGGCAACUAAUCAGUCUCCUCCGUUCCAAAAAUACUGAAUCUUAGGAGUCGAUUCCUAGCGGAAUCUAAUCUUGACACUUAGAAAUGGGAGUCGAUGUGCAAGGAGUCGAGGAAUCAAUAUUUUGGAGUCGACUCUCCAUCACUGUCAUCGUCGUUAACAGUUGGGAAAAUGGCAGAGAAAGGCAAGCGACAGCAGCAAAGUCCUGUAUGGCAAUACUUUGAGAAGUUAAAUGAGAAGAAAAUGCAAACUUUGCAAGGUGGAAUUGAGGUACAGUAAUGCUUAAACAUCUGAAAUGGAUGCACCGUGAGACCCAAACCAUUGCUUGCAGCAGCGCAGCUGCAUUGUGAAUUCAUGUGUCAUUUUAUGUUGUUUUCUUAUUGUUAUAACAGAAAACCGAUUGAAGAAAUAAAACAUAAAUGUCAGUUUAAACGUUAAGAUAAUUUUUCCCAUUUGCUACAUCCCUAGUAGGCAAAAAACAAAGUACAACUGGGUGGGACUGACUACCUGAACUUGUCCAAUAAGAAACUGAAUGUUGUCUAUUGUAUUCCCUAAUGACCACGACCCUGAGCUAAAUUUACAACAAAGGGGAGGGUUGAGUGACAUGUUCUGAUGUUGUUUUGCUGUGAAGGUUUAUAACGAUGCUAACAUCCUGGAGAAGAUAGUGAAGGACAAAAGGAAGGAGCUAGGAGCUUCUCCCGAGGAGGACACUGACAACAUGGGAUCUCCGAAGCUCAAACUAAGUAUGUUUGAGUCUUCUUUAUGGGCAUUUAACAGCACUUGUGAAAAAUACGAAGAAAAGAUAGGCUAUAUAUAUCUUGCUGUUUUGAUUACAUUUACAUGGAAUUUUCUCUGUAGGGAAGAGUGGCGGGUCUCCUAAGAAGUCCAAUAAGUACCUGACCCCCCUGCAGCAGUGCCUCAACGAGCUGUAUGACGCUGUGAGGAACUACACAGACGCCAGGGGGCGACGUAUCUCCACCAUCUUCCUGCGCCUGCCCUCCCGCGCCGAGCUGCCUGACUACUACGCCACCAUCAAGAGGCCCAUCGACAUGGAGCGCCUGCGCAGGUAAGCUGGAGGCUAACCUGUGUGUGUGUGUGUGGUGGUGAUGUGCGGGCUGACCCAUAACCCACAGUCCCCGCGGUUAUAUCCGCGGGGCGGGCGGGUUUAGGGUCAUGAAAUAAUAUUGUGUGGAUGAAGGGUGGGUUGAUUAAAGAGAAAACAAUAACUUAAAACAUCCAUGAAUGUAUCACUCUUGUGCAAUUUAUAUUUAUAGGCUACAUUGAGGUUUUUCUUAAAUUAUUUGAGGUUAUCUGGCAUUAGGCUAACUGUAAUAAUUGCCAAAUGCUUUCGGGAACGUCAAUCCACGGAGGCAAAAAGGACAAUGUCGGAGUUGAAUUCAAUAAAAGGAAAGCUGCGAAAUGGAGAGUUGAAAAUAAAGAGAAGGGAGGGCCAGAAAAGUAAUGUUUGGGAAAUAUUUGGUGAAGUGGUAAAAGAGGAUGAUAGCAGUGCCAGCUAUGUUAUGUGUGAUGAUUGUGAGGCGCUAUACAAAUUUGACAGUCACAAGAGGGGACUUCAAAUAGGCCUAUGGUACGUCAAGGGAACUGUAGUCUACUGUUCAGAUGGGUUAAAUGGAAACUGAAAUAUGGACAUUGACUGUAGGUCUAUAACCUCUCACAUAGCCUUAAUAUUAUCUCCUGAAGAAUUGAGCAUUUCUUGCAGUAAAAUUAGGCUAUACACCAAAUGUAGGCAAAAUUUUGACUUGGGAACAGGAGUUGAGAGAAAUAUGAUAUAAUGACAGAAGAGAAGCUGCAUGUAUCUAAUUAUAGACAAGUUGACUAACAAAUAGCCUACCAAAAUGUUGGAAAUUAUAAGCAGAAACAUAUCUAAAUCAGGCAAGAAAUUCCUGCACCUCCUGUCAAAUCUUUCCGCCGUCUCUGACUGUAGCCUACAGUGUAUUUUCUAUAUUAGCGGGUUAGGCUCGGGUAUGUGCCUCAGAUUUUCACUUUAUUACAUAUAGUGGGGCGGUUGAGGGUGGGUUAUUAGCAAUUGCGGGUCGGUCUGGGGGGUUAGAGAGGUGGGCCAGGAGCUGUAAGUUUGCCCUUUUUGAAUCUCAGCUCCUACGGGGAAAAGCUUCUGUUGAGUGAGCCGGCAACUGGAGGGUUGCUGAUAUCAGUAUCCUAGAUACUAUAUCCUGGUGUUGUGCCUUUGAACAGGGCACUUAUCCCCUAAACUGCUCCAGUGGCACUUGGGGUUGGGAUCCGAUAAAACAACAAAAUACAUCUGUUUCUCCCUGUUUCAAUAGAAAAUGAAAUGAUCUUAUCUUCUUGUUCUCCAGCCACAUGGUGGGCGGCCGUUACCAGGACGUGGAUGCUCUGGUGGAAGACUUUGCAGUGAUGUUCAACAACGCCUGUACCUACAACGAGCCAGAGUCCCUGAUCUACCGCGACGCUCUGCUCCUCCACCGCGUGCUCCUGGAUACCCGGCGGCGGCAGGAGGGAGGGGAGGAGGGCGGCUCGCCCCCUGCUGUAGGGCCCCUGGUCAUGGAACUGAUCAGGAACCUGUUUGUGUCUGUGCUGGGGCACCAGGACGAGGAGGGGAGGUGUUACAGCGACUCACUGGCUGAGAUCCCUGCCCAGGUAAGAGAGAGGUGAUCGCCCAUACCCUACCUGGGGCUGCCGUAUUCAUAGUGUCUCAGAGUAGGAGUGCUGAUCUAGGAGCAGGUUCCCCACUGUCCAUGUAAUCUUAAUCAUUGGGAUCUAAAAGGAAAAAAUGAUCAUAAUUCAGCGCUCAUAUGGCCCUUGGUUAGGCUCUUAAAAAUAACCGAUUUUUAAGAUAUCAGCAAAGUCAUUCAGAGUUUUUCUGAACGACCAAUAAACUAUGUUAACUGACUUCAACAGGACCCAAACAGCCCGGAGAAGCCUCCGCUCAACUUCGACGUGAUCAGGGCCAACGUGGACCGAGGGCGCUACCGCAGGCUGGACGUGUUCCAGGAGCACAUGUUCGAAGUGCUGGAGAAAGCCAGGCGCCUGCACAGGUACGUAGUCUACACAUCAUUAGAAAGGCCUUUAUUUGAAUUGCUCUCCAACCUUUGAGUCCCCCCCAUGAACCCUCACCUUUGACCCUGCAUGCCUUGCCCUGUCCCUUCACAGGACAGACUCUGAGAUCUUUGAGGAUGCGGUGGAGCUGCAUCAGUUCUUUAUAAAGAUCCGAGAUGAGUUGUGUAAGAACGGAGAGAUCCUCCUCUCCCCAGCGCUCAGCUACAACUCCAAACACCUGCAGAGUGACGUGGAGCAGGAGAAGAGAGAGAAACUACCGAAGGAGAUGGAGGAGGACAAACUGAAGAGUGAGGAGGAGAACAAAGGUGUGUGUGAUGGAGUUGUGGCCGGGUAUGCGUGUGUAGAAUAAGUGUUUUUUUCUGAACUGGUGUGUGAUUGUCAGUGCAGGUGAUUGAUGUGACAUUGACUCUGAGUCUGAAUCGUGUAUAUAAUGUGAGGUUGAUGGAUGUAUUAUAAUAUUCAAAUCUACUUCCAGAGGAGGGAGCGAAGGCUGAGGACCCAGCUGGGGGAGGUGCAUGGCCAGCGGGGCCAGAGAGGACGUACCGUCAGGACUGCAGCUUUGAGAACAGCACCUACCACGUGGGUGACUGUGUCUACGUGCAGCCAGCCGAGGCCAACCUCAAGCCUCACAUCGUCUGCAUCGAGCGCCUGUGGGAGGACGAAGCAGGUAACCAACUCAACAUGCAGGUUUAGACAUGCACACUUUGAGACACACACACACUCCUACUGCUUUCUGCCUCUCCCUCCUGUUAGUAAUGCGUGUGUGUGUAGGUGAGAAGUGGCUGUAUGGCUGUUGGUUCUACAGGCCUAGUGAGACCUUCCAUCUGGCCACACGCAAGUUCCUCAAGCAAGAGGUCUUCAAGAGUGACUACUUCAACAAAGUACCAGUCAGCAAGAUACUGGGCAAAUGCAUGGUCAUGUUUGUCAAGGUAAGGCCAUCUAUAUAUCUGAACGGUUUUGAUAAUACACACACCUGGACCAUAGAUGUAUGCAAUUCUAUGCUCAUAUAUUGGAUUAGAUUACGUCAUUAUUUUAGCUUAUUAUUGUAGCAACACGCAUGCCCUGCCCACCUGAGGAUAUGUCUUUUUCAGCCAUCUACUUCCUGUGUUUGAGGGGUGCUUUUAUUUAACUCCUGUGACUCAUUCAUGCGUUACGACUGCAGAAAUGUUUGUAAUGACCUGUCAAAAACACCCCAGUAAUUGCUGAAAUGGGCUCAAUGGAAUACAUUCUUUCCGCAUCUAUAAGAACGCUAAAGCUUCGUCAGGGAUUUAACGUAGGCCUAUCGUCUCAAGACUUACAUCACAAGAAAGAGAAGAAAUAACUUUCUUUUAAUUUUUUUGUGGAAUUGAAAAAAGUCAUCAUUUAAAACAAAUUUAGAUGCUUCCAAAAAUAAACAUUCAGAUUAUACUGAUAUCAUGUCUGAUCUCGCAAACAAUGUUAAGUAUGAAGAUGGGUGUAAUCUAGAGCCAAGCGUGUACAUUUUUUAUCCGAGGGUAUCCUGCUAUUGAAUGCUAUUUGUAUCCUGCUGUUGAAGUAUGCAACAGAACGUGAUAACAGUAAUGUAUCAGGCAGUCUAGACAGCGCAGGUAGGCAGCUAGACAGAGCACGUUUUUGGUGGUUGCAACCCUGUUCCACCCCUUUAUGUUAAUGUUAAUGCCUUCGCUCCCUCAUGUUAAUGUCUUAAUGUAUGCAAAUGAACCCAGUGUAUUUAUACAAAUGACGUACGUGUAUAUAUUAUUUUUAACACAUAUACAGUGGGGGAAAAAAGUAUUUAGUCAGCCACCAAUUGUGCAAGUUCUCCCACUUAAAAAGAUGAGAGAGGCCUGUAAUUUUCAUCAUAGGUACACGUCAACUAUGACAGACAAAAUGAGAUCCAGAAAAUCACAUUGUAGGAUUUUUUAUGAAUUUAUUUGCAAAUUAUAGUGGAAAAUAAGUAUUUGGUCACCUACAAACAAGCAAGAUUUCUGGCUCUCACAGACCUGUAACUACUUCUUUAAGAGGCUCCUCUGUCCUCCACUCGUAACCUGUAUUAAUGGCACCUGUUUGAACUUGUUAUCAGUAUAAAAGACACCUGUCCACAACCUCAAACAGUCACACUCCAAACUCCACUAUGGCCAAGACCAAAGAGCUGUCAAAGGACACCAGAAACAAAAUUGUAGACCUGCACCAGGCUGGGAAGACUGAAUCUGCAAAAGGUAAGCAGCUUGGUUUGAAGAAAUCAACUGUGGGAGCAAUUAUUAGGAAAUGGAAGACAUACAAGACCACUGAUAAUCUCCCUCGAUCUGGGGCUCCACGCAAGAUCUCACCCUGUGGGGUCAAAAUGAUCACAAGAACGGUGAGCAAAAAUCCCAGAACCACACGGGGGGACCUAGUGAAUGACCUGCAGAGAGCUGGGACCAAAGUAACAAAGCCUACCAUCAGUAACACACUACACCGCCAGGGACUCAAAUCCUGCAGUGCCAGACGUGUCCCCCUGCUUAAGCCAGUACAUGUCCAGGCCCGUCUGAAGUUUGCUAGAGUGCAUUUGGAUGAUCCAGAAGAGGAUUGGGAGAAUGUCAUAUGGUCAGAUGAAACCAAAAUAUAACUUUUUGGUAAAAACUCAACUCGUCGUGUUUGGAGGACAAAUAAUGCUGAGUUGCAUCCAAAGAACACCAUACCUACUGUGUAAUGGAAAGAAUGAAUGGGGCCAUGUAUCGUGAGAUUUUGAGUGAAAACCUCCUUCCAUCAGCAAGGGCAUUGAAAAUGAAACGUGGCUGGGUCUUUCAGCAUGACAAUGAUCCCAAACACACCGCCCGGGCAACGAAGGAGUGGCUUCGUAAGAAGCAUUUCAAGGUCCUGGAGUGGCCUAGCCAGUCUCCAGAUCUCAACCCCAUAAAAAAUCUUUGGAGGGAGUUGAAUGUCCGUGUUGCCCAGCGACAGCCCCAAAACAUCACUGCUCUAGAGGAGAUCUGCAUGGAGGAAUGGGCCAAAAUACCAGCAACAGUGUGUGAAAACCUUGUGAAGACUUACAGAAAACAUUUGACCUGUGUCAUUGCCAACAAAGGGUAUAUAACAAAGUAUUGAGAAACUUUUGUUAUUGACCAAAUACUUAUUUUCCACCAUAAUUUGCAAAUAAAUUCAUAAAAAAUCCUACAAUGUGAUUUUCUGGAUCUUUCUUUAUCAUUUUGUCUGUCAUAGUUGAUGUGUACCUAUGAUGAAAAUUACAGGCCUCUCUCAUCUUUUUAAGUGGGAGAACUUGCACAAUUGGUGGCUGACUAAUAACUUUUUUCCCCCACUGUGUGUGUGUGUGUGUGUAUGUGUAUAUAUAUAUAUAUAUAUAUAUAUAUAUAUAUAUAUAUAUAUACAUACAUACAUACAUACUGAAUGAAAAUAUAAAUGCAUAUUUAAUUGAUUUUACUGAGUUACAGUUCAUAUGAGGAAAUCAGUCAAUUGAAAUAAAUACAUUAGGCCCUAAUCUAUGGAUUUACAUGACUGGGAAUACAGAUAUGCAUCUAUUGGUCACAGAUACACUAUAUAUACAAAAGUAUGUGGACAUCCCUUCAGAUCAGUGGAUUUGGCUAUUUCAGCCACAUCCGUUGCUGACAAGUGUAUCAAAUUGAGCACACAGCCAUGCAAUCUUCAUAGACAAACAUUGGCAGUAGAAUGGCCUUAUUGAAGAGCUCAAUGACUUUCAAUGUGGCACCGUCAUUGGAUGCCACCAUGUCAGUUUGUAAAAUUUCUGCCCUGCUAGAGCUGCCCCGGAAAACGUAUUGUGAAGUGGAAACGUCCCCAUUAUUUGUCAGUGCCAGUGAAUGUGCUAUCAUUCAGUCAAUAUCUGAUGGAUUUUUUUUGGAGUGUCUUCAUCCAUUGUCCAACUUUUGCAUUUAGAAACCUUUUAACAAUUUUGAUGACUGUUCAGGUCUCGACAUUAACGCUUGUCCAGGACAAUACAUUUUUUUAGUCGGACAACAAGAACAUAGAUUUAAGUUGUCCGAAUGUCAAAGUGUAGGGGAUAUGUAUAUUAACUACAGGCUCAUGUCCAAACCGAUGCUGACAUGAGGGAAUUGCCAGAAAAUCUAGCCAAACUUUUUAAUGAGACUAUUAAUUACACAAAUCAAUGGCGGCUGCUGAGGGAAGGACAGCUCAUAAUAAUGGCUGGAACGGAGCGAAUGGAAUGUUAUCAACCACAUAGAAACCAUGUGUUAGAUGUAUUUGAUACUAUUCCACUCCAGCCAUUUACACGAGCCCAUCCUCCCCAAUUAAGGUGCCACCAACCUCCUGUGACACGAAUAUAGGCUAUACUCGAGGCACUGCUUGUUUAGAUCAAAUGGUCACAAGACCAGAGAGUGAAGGACAGUGCCUGUUGUGCACCACACAUCAGCCACCUUGAAUCUGAGCGGAGCACAAUCCUAGUCAUAUUAGUAAUUCAUACUAGUUGAUGCAUCUUUAGGUCGCCCCUUUUUCUUAAUUUCUAACAAAUAUUUUAUUCUCUGUCACAUGAAACCGCUCGCACUUGUGGUGCGCUUUUUGAGACCGGCAUUUUUCCUGCUAAUUGCAUUUUGGAGCAUUCACACGUAGCCUACAGCCAUGUGCGCAUUGCUGAGCUUAUAAUAUGAAGAAAUAAAACUGUAUCAACAUUUUAAGCUAAACAGUCUGAUCUGUUGCAUCAUCCUCAUUGCUUUUAAAUUAUUUUUAUGUGCAGUGGUUGUAUGAAUUUUGGAUCUCUUUCUAGGACUGUCCCAGAUUCUUGUUUUGAACGAUUGUCUUGAUUAGCGAUUCUGCACAUCGCCUUGCUCAAACCGAUCCCCUCCAACACACUGACCAACUGUGUGCUCCCUCUCUACAGGAUUACUUCAAGCUUCAGCCUGAGGGAGUCAGACCAGAGGACGUGUACGUCUGUGAGUCCCGUUACUCUGCCAGGAACAAGGCCUUCAAGAAAAUCAAGAUGUGGGCCGUGCCAGCUGGCGUGAGGUUUGUCCUUCGGGAUGUGCCGUUGCCCGUCGUCCGGGUGGCCUCCAUGUAUGCCAAACGUGAUCAGGAGAAACUGCUGGCCGUGGCCGAUAACGGCAGCCGCAGCAUUGUCGACAAGGUGAGAAGUCUGAGCACAGGAGGAUAUUAGCUCAGUUGGUAUAGCAUGGUGCUAUAGUGGGUUUGAUUCCCGGGACCACCCGUAAGUACAAAUGUUGUACGCAUGACUAAGUUGCUUUGGAGAAAAGCGUCUGCUAAUUGGCAUAUAUUAUUUUUAGGGCUGUCAAACGAUUAAAACAAUUAAUCGCGAUUAAUCGCAUGAUUUUCUGUAGUUUCUCGCGGUUUUAGAAUUUGUUAAAAUGUUGGCCCGAGAGAGAGAGAGAGAGAGAGAUAUAUAUAUAUAUAUAUAUAUAUAUAUAUAUAUAUAUAUAUAUAUAUAUAUAUAUAUAUACACAUACAUACAUACAUACAUACAUACAUACAUACAUACAGUGAGGGAAAAAAGUAUUUGAUCCCCUGCUGAUUUCGUACGUUUCCCACUGACAAAGAAAUGAUCAGUCUAUCAUUUUAAUGGUAGAUUUAUUUGAACAGUGAGAGACAGAAUAACAACAAAAAAAUCCAGAAAAACAGCUCAAAUCAAUAUAAAUUGAUUUGCAUUUUAAUGAGGGAAAUAAGUAUUUGACCCCUCUGCAAAACAUGACUUAGUACUUGGUGACAAAACCCUUGUUGGCAAUCACAGAGGUCAGACGUUUCUUGUAGUUGGCCAACAGGUUUGCACACAUCUCAGGAGGGAUUUUGUCCCACUCCUCUUUGCAGAUCUUCUCCAAGUCAUUAAGGUUUCGAGGCUGACGUUUGGCAACUCGAACCUUCAGCUCCCUCCACAGAUUUUCUAUGGGAUUAAGGUCUGGAGACUGGCUAGGCCACUCCAGGACCUUAAUGUGCUUCUUCUUGAGCCACUCCUUUGUUGCCUUGGCCGUGUGUUUUGGGUCAUUGUCAUGCUGGAAUACCCAUCCACGACCCAUUUUGAAUGCCCUGGCUGAGGGAAGGAGGUUCUCACCCAAGAUUUGACGGUACAUGGCCCCAUCCAUCGUCCCUUUGAUGCAGUGAAGUUGUCCUGUCCCCUUAGCAGAAAAACAACCCCAAAGAAUAAUGUUUCCACCUCCAUGUUUGACAGUGGGGAUGGUUUUCUUGGUCAUAGGCAGCAUUCCUCCUCCUCCAAACACGGCGAGUUGAGUUGAUGCCAAAGAGCUCCAUUUUGGUCUCAUCUGACCACAACACUUUUACCCAGUUCUCCUCUGAAUCAUUCAGAUGUUCAUUGGCAAACUUCAGACGGGCAUGUAUAUGUGCUUUCUUGAGCAGGGGGACCUUGCGGGCGCUGCAGGAUUUCAGUCCUUCACGGCGUAGUGUGUUACCAAUUGUUUUCUUGGUGACUAUGGUCCCAGCUGCCUUGAGAACAUUGACAAGAUCCUCCCGUGUAGUUCUGGGCUGAUUCCUCACCAUUCUCAGGAUCAUUGCAACUCCACGAGGUGAGAUCUUGCAUGGAGCCCCAGGCCGAGGGAGAUUGACAGUUCUUUUGUGUUUCUUCCAUUUGCGAAUAAUCGCACCAACUGUUGUCACCUUCUCACCAAGCUGCUUGGCGAUGGUCUUGUAGCCCAUUCCAGCCUUGUGUAGGUCUACAAUCUUGUCCCUGACAUCCUUGGAGAGCUCUUUGGUCUUGGCCAUGGUGGAGAGUUUGGAAUCUGAUUGAUUGAUUGCUUCUGUGGACAGGUGUCUUUUAUACAGGUAACAAGCUGAGAUUAGGAGCACUCCCUUUAAGAGUGUGCUCCUAAUCUUAGCUCGUUACCUGUAUAAAAGACACCUGGGAGCCAGAAAUCUCUCUGAUUGAGAGGGGGUCAAAUACUUAUUUCCCUCAUUAAAAUGCAAAUCAAUUUAUAACAUUUUUGACAUGUGUUUUUCUGGAUUUGUUUGUUAUUCUGUCUCUCACUGUUCAAAUAAACCUACCAUUAAAAUUAUAGACUGAUCAUCUCUUUGUCAGUGGCAAACGUACAAAAUCAGCAGGGGAUCAAAUACUUUUUCCCCCUCAUUGUAUUUGUGUAUAUAUUUAUAUAUAUAUAGCAGUGCAUUAAGUUACAGGCAUACUAUGCUUUGAUUGUAAGGGAAGAAACACAAAAUAAUCUGUAUCAGACUUGCGUAUAAAAAAAAUUGUAUGCACUCACUAACUGUAAGUCGCUCUGGAUAAGAGCGUCUGCUAAAUGACUAAAAUGUAAAAUGUAAUGACAGAUCUAUAAGUCCCAUUUCUAUGUGAAUUUGGUCUGGACGCACAAAAAGUUACAUAUUGCAGUUUUAACUUUGACAGCCUUAAUUAUUUUAUUUUAUUUUAGAGAGUGAAAUGCAUUUGUCAUGCUUAUUGGACAUUCACAAAUAAGAUCUUAUUAAGGUUGAAUAUUUUCCCGGUAUUUUACAUAUGUUCCAUCCCAAGAUUAAAUCGCUUUCUCCCAGGUAACCCGGUAUUUCCUGCCAAAACCGGAAGUGUCAUUCAAAAGCAUUAUAAAGCAUAUAAAUAUGUCUGGAUUUGAUUAGAGCUUUGAUCAGCAUGAAAAUUCUAACCUGAUGCUACCUGAGCCUGAUGAGUCAUAUAUUAAAUGCAUUUUAUGAGCCCUACAUGAACGGCAUUUCAUGAGCCCAAGCCCAAAAAAGCCAAAAUGUUUGUGCCAUUAUCCAGUACAUAUACUACUACACAUUAUGCACGACAGAAAAACAUAAAAGCCCAUAGAUGUAGCUAGCUAUAUGUCCUCUUGGGUAAAUAAAUGAAACUAGCUCCAUUAGGCUAAUCAUUUUACUGUGAACUGUAUUACGAUACUGUAUUAUAUGGACUGGAAUUACGCACAUCGUUCAAACCAUGAUAAAGCAGGGAGAGAAUAUGCGAUUCUGGUGCAGCCCAUGCGGCACUUACAGUUGACCUUGGCAGCCCUAGCAGGUCAGAAAUUUGACGAACUGACUUGUUGGAAAGGUGGCAUCCUAUGACGGUGCCACAUUGAAGGUCACUGAGCUCUUCAGUAAGGUCAUUCUACUGCCAAUGUUUGUCUAUGGAGAUUGCAUUGCUGUGUGCUUUUAUACACCUGUCCGCAACGGUUGUGGCUGAAAUAGCUGAAUCCACUAAUUUGAAGGGCUGUCCACAUACACUAUAUAUAGAUACACUAUUUGAGAGAGAAAGACUGCGAGAGAGUGCUCGCAUGUGCAACGAUAUUCAGUAGCUGCAAUAAAAAAAACAAGGUCUCGGUAACCGGGUUCGCACCAUUCAACCCUACUUCUUAUCUGUAAUUUCAUCGUAAACAACACUGAAACAUUGGAAUGUAUUAACAUACCCGUUCCAUAUUUCUGAGCCGAACUGAACAGAGCCAAGCUGCACUGGUUACGCAUCCGCCAUAGUUGCUGGAGCUGUGCUGGAAAGGACAAUGUGAAAGGAAAAUAUCUGAGCCAGUACAGUUUGGGUUGACACAAUAGUUUAAAAGGUGUACCAGUGUUACUGAGUGUGUGCUUUCAUACUAUGUGACUGUGUGUAGGAGCAUGAGGAUGUCCCGGUAGAGAUGAGUGGAGGGGAGGCAGGCUGUCAGUACUACGACCAGCUCCACCACAACAACAUGUGGCUGAAGGUGGGAGACUGUGUCUACGUCCAGUCACAUGGGCUCACUAAACCCCGUGUCGGCAGGUACGUCAAUCACACCUUCUAGUAUUUGGUUUCUCUACAGAACUCUUUAAUGUAUAGAUGGUGUCAGGGGCUCUUUCCUCGAAUCCUCUCGCCACUGUAUCAAAAUGCAUUGGAGAACAAGGUCUGAGGGGAGGGACCCGAUGAGAUAAGAUAAGAUGUGAGAAAUCACAGAAAUAUGAAUUGAGAUAAAGCCUUUGUGUUUUGAAUAUGGAGAUGUGGUGUAUGUCUGUGAAUGUGGCCAUUAGGAAGACAACAGGCCUGUUUUAAUGGAUUGCGCUGUAACAGGAUAGAGAAGCUGUGGGUGCGUGACGGAGCAGCAUUUUUCUUCGGACCCAUCUUCAUCCACCCAGAGGAGACAGGACACGAGCCCACUAGGAUGUUCUACAAGAGAGAGGUGUUCCUAAGCAACGUGGAGGAGACCUGCCCCAUGACCUGCGUCCUAGGUACCCUGCAUUCCACAUGCUCUCUACACUCAAUAUGCAUUCAUUAUGGUUGUUUUCAUUAUCAAACCUUUCCUAGACUAGUCUCUGCAAACCGUUUCAGACAUCAAGUACCCCCAGGAAAACUAGGUUCAGUAGCAGUAUAAUUGGCCCUGUAAUUAACCAUCACUCUCUCCAUCCCUCCGUCCUGCAGGUAAAUGUGUAGUGUCGUCCUUUAAGGACUACCUGUCGUGUCGGCCCACUGAGGUGUCUGAGGAGGACGUGUUGCUAUGUGAGAGCCGCUACAUCGAGAGCGAAAAGCAGAUGAAGAAGUUUAAGGGUCUGAAGCGCUUCUCCCUCCACGCUAAGGUGGUGGAUGACGAGGUCUACUACUUCAGGUGGGAGUGACUCACAUACUGUACAUUUAACAUAGAACUGGCAAAAGCCUGGUCCCCUUUCUCCUCCUAAAGUGUGCACUGAACUAAUUCACUCCCCCUCAUGGAUUGGACUGGUGUAUAUACAGGCUAAGGAAGAUUCUCUGCUUACUUCGGGGAGAACAAGGGAAGAGAAUCGGACUGUAGCCAAAGACUUGGUUAGAUAGAUAUAUUUUAUUGUUUAGCUGGUAUCAACCCUCUUCUCUGAUUGGUCCAUAUCCAGGAAGAUGAUAGUGCCCCAGAAGGAACCGUCUCCUCUGCUGAAUAAGAAGAUUGAGGAGCUGGAGCUGAAGCUGGCAGACAUGGAUGAGGGGGGUGAGGAUCUGGAUGACCUGGAGGAUGAGGACCAGGCUCCAGAGACCCCCUCCAUGCCCAUCAUUCAGACCCCUCUGGCAAGCGAUUUGGACAUCAUGCCUUACACCCCUCCUCCCCAGGUCUUACACGCAUCCACACGCACCCAAUGA